AUGACCGCUCUGCUGACACUGCUCCUGCUCAAAGGCCUCCUGUGCAGUGUCGGGGGCUUCUCUCUGUGUGGAUGGAGGAAUCAGUCAGAGAACAGCAUUCUGCGAUGUAAUGGCGAUUCUCCGGACAAUGUGGUGAGAGUGGAGAACUCCGCGGAGGAACUGACUGUCUCCGCCCCUUUCCUAUCCUCUUGUAACUUCACUCUGCCGGGUCAUCUGGGGCCGUACUUGUUCUGUGUGCACUGGAUUCCCGGCCUCCAUAUUCUGAACUUUACCUACGGGAUCAAAAAUCACAAAUUGAUCCCCAGCAAUCCAUCUCCGAGAAACACAGAUACUUCUAAGCCACGCCCAACACAGAGCUGCAACCCCGCCCACUUCCUUAUAAACGUCACCGUCAAUGGGGAGCGCAAGAGCAACUGCUGCCACUAUGAAUACUCCAUCCAGAGCCAAAGAUACGAUGCAAAGCUGUUGGAGCACGACAUGUCUCAGGUGGGGAGAUACCUGGAGAAGAUGGGAUUCAGCGGGGACGGACGGACGUCUGAUGCGCAACUGGAUUGAUACAGCUCUGUCCAAAGUUCAGAUUGAUGGGAAGAGUCAUAACUUCGGGACAGGGGCACUGCGGGCAGGAGUGUAUAACCUGGACUCCAGUGAUGUGCUCAAGUCCAUUCCGGAGAGUCUGGGGGUCUCUUUGAGUCUUCCUAACCAACUGCUGGAGAAGUUGCCAGACGGGACUGCCAAGAGGCUCCAUGUUGUCCAUAUCCAGGGCCACACCAUCUUCCAGAAUGACGCAAACAUCUCCAUCCUAGGAGACCUGGUGCUCGGAGUCACCCUGCAGGACACAGUUGUCUCUAACCUAUCAGAAGAUAUAGUAAUUACCUUUCCACAUGAACCCAUAAAGGAGCCGAAGUCUCCGCUGUGCGUAUUCUGGGACGAGUUGAAGGAGGAGUGGAACACGGCCGGAUGCAGAACAGUGGCCGCUGAGCGUCAGACCGAAUGUCACUGUAACCACCUCACUUACUUUGCAGUGCUGAUGCAAGUCUCCAGCCAGUUGAUAUCGGAGGUUCAUCUUGUGUCACUGACAGCCAUCACCUUUGCUGGAUGCGCCAUUUCUGCCCUGUCCUGUGCCUUUACUGUUGCAUGGAUUUGCUGUUCCAGGAAGAAUAAGACAAACCCUACACUGCAGAUCCACAUGAACCUGCUGAUGGCGCUGUUGCUGUUGGAUGUCGCUUUCAUAACAAGCGCACUGCUGGGUGGUAUGGAAGAUGUAGUAGUAUGCCGUGUUUCUGCCAUUGCUCUGCACUUCUCCCUGCUCUGCCUCUUCACGUGGAUGGCCAUCGAGGGGUUCAAUCUCUACCGGCUGGUGGUAAAGGUCUUCGUGUCCUCCGCUAUCACCACCUGGAGACUAACUAUCCUGGGCUGGGGUGUCCCAGUUCUGAUGGUUGCGUCUGUACUGCUGAUAGAUCCAAACAAUUAUGGGAUAUACAACAUCAAUGUGGAGCGUCCAUCAUCCCAAAACUCCACAGCUGCCAUGUGUUGGCUGACAAAGCCCAUUAUCCACCAGGUGCUGAAUUUGGGAUUUUUUGCUAUGGUCCUCUUCUUUAACCUGUGUAUGCUUGUUGCCAUGACAAGGCAUGUAUUCCGCCUGUCUCCUCAUUCACGCCAGGAGGAAGUCCGUCGCUGCGUCACUCUGCUGGGGCUGAGCUGCAUGCUGGGCUUGUCCUGGGGUCUGGCCUUCUUCUCCUUUGGGAUCUUUUACCUGCCAGUCCAAUAUGCCUUCAGUAUUGUGAAUGCCCUACAAGGCCUGUUCAUCUUCCUGUGGUACUGUGUGCUGUCCCAGCCUCACACCAAGUACCCCCUGCGCUCUACGGACUCCACCAGUGCCACACCGGCAUCACCACGAGCCGAACAGACCCUCAACAGCGACCACAAGAAACUCCUCACCUGA